AUGCCGAAGCUACCUCACACCCUGGUCUGGCUGGUGGCUCUCCAGGCCGCUGCCAUUGCUCAGUUAUCUAAACAGACCGUUUUCACUUCAUCCUCUCAGUCGCCAGUCCGUCUAACCCUCAAUGACAUUGUUCCUUCUCUCGACCCAAUAUCUGGCCAGGUCAAAUGUUGCCCUGUGGGCACCGUUUUCGACGGCCGCGACUGUGCCUUGGGCCAACCUAUCUGCCCACCAGGGAGCAACCCACGAGGUGACCACUGCAUCUCAAUUAGUGACCCUAGCUGCCCCGAUGGAAGCAAUUGGCGUAAUGGCGCCUGUGAAACCGCUCAUCCGCCGAUAUGCCCUCCGCCCCUCGUUCCCCGUGGCAGUGUCUGCGUUCAUGAGGAGAGCCCUAGGUGUCCUUCCGGGUUCUAUCUCGAAGACAAUAUCUGUGUGGCGAAUGAGCGACCGUCUUGCCCCGACGGUGGCCAUUUCAACGGCCGAAGUUGCACCCAUCCCUCUCGACCUAGCUGUCCUCCGGGCUCUGAGCCCUGGAACAGUGUCUGCGCUAUCACCAAUGACCCUAAUUGUCCCACUGGCACCCGAUUCAACUCGAUCACUCGCAAGUGUAUUUCCACCGAGAGACCGCAGUGCCCAGAGGACAGUACCCUAGACGGGAACAACUGUGUUUCCAAUGACCCUCCUAACUGCCCCAAUGGGUCUAAAUACAACAGAUUAACCGAAACCUGUAUUGCACCUGACAAGCCUUCCUGUCCGCCUGAUUCUCAUCCCGUCGGCGACCGAUGUGUCUCGGACGAGCCACCUGCUUGCCCCAGCCCCUCUAAUGUUAUAUCAUACGACCCAAUCUUGAAAACCGUUCGUUGCUGCCCGGUCGGAAUGUCCUAUAACGGUGUCGUGUGCGUGGUCCGCCCUGGUGCCGACGGCCAAUGUCCCCCUGGCACCGUCCCGGAAGGCGAUCGCUGUACAGUCCCGCCGACGCAGCCUCCUCGCUGCCCACCUGGGACUGAUAUCGAAGGGACACACUGUGUCUCGCGCGAAAAACCUGUUUGUCCUCCGGGUCUCGACCUGAUUGCCGGCGAUUGUCAUGAAAUCGAAUCCCCGAAAUGUUCAGACCACAUGCGUCUUGUGAACGGCCAAUGCACCGCCAUCGAGAAGCCUAGUUGCCCUGACGAAGGAACUGAACUCGAGAACGGCGAAUGUGUUAGUCUUGAACCUCCGCACUGCCCGGAGCACUCCACUUGGGACGGCAGCAAUUGCAUCACGGACGACACAGUCAAAUGCCCAGAAGGCAGCGUUUGGAAUGGGGAAGAAUGUAUCACCCCGAAGCACCCCAAAUGUCCGGACAAUACGCAUUUUGAUGGGAGUCGCUGUAUGUCAGAUGUGGCCCCUCGAUGCCCGCCCGACACCAUCCCUGAUGGCGAGAAUUGCAUCUCCAGACAUACCCUCCGCUGUCCGCCUGGAAGCCAUCUGACCAACGGCCGCUGCAUCACUGGUGACACGCCCGAAUGUCCCACAGGGACAAUUGUAGCUGGUGAGCAUUGUUUGUCUACUGAGGAUCCAAUUUGCCCCCCUGGUUUCACCUGGGUUGGCGGCCGCUGCGUUUCCGACGUCGACAAAUACUGUCCUCCGGGAUACGUGGCCCGCGAUGGCGAGUGCGUCUCAACCAGCGACCCAAUCUGUCCCCCAGGCAGCACUCCUCGCGGCAACGCCUGUGUUGGCAGCGAUCCGGUGUGUCCUGAAGGCACGGAGCGCCAUGGCAACGACUGUGUAUCCGAACACCUGCCGUCCUGCCCGCCGCCAACUGUUCCUCGCGGCCGCAUCUGUGUGCUUGAUGGCGGCCCGGACUGUAAGCACGAUGAAGUCUUCAACCGCAAAGAGAACGCCUGCGUUACGGUUGAGCAGCCGCGGUGCCCGCCUGGUCAGGUCGUUCGGCGUGGACGCUGCGCUUUGGGAAGUGGCGAGGAAUGUCUGGAGUUUUUGUACUGCCCUAUUUUCUCAAUUAUUGGCGGACAGGUAGGCUACGAAUCGGCCCGCGACUGUCUCCUCGAAGCAUGGAACGACGGCGUCAACUACUUCGACACAGCGGAGGCCUACGCAUCAGGAGAAUGCGAGCGCGUCUUUGGCCAAAUCAUCAAAGACCUGAACUUUAAACGCAGCGAUCUCGUAAUCUCCACAAAGCUAUUCUGGGGCGGACCCGGCCCAAAUGACACCGGACUCUCAAAGAAACAUUUAUUCGAAGGGAUGGAAGCUUCACUGAACCGACUGAGUCUAGACUACGUGGACAUUGUGAUGGCCCAUCGUCCAGAUCCACUAACGCCCAUGGAAGAAAUCGUUCGUGCAUUCACCCAAAUCGUCAAUUCCAGACAGGCGUUAUACUGGGGAACAUCAGAGUGGAAUAGCCAUGAUAUCGAACGAGCUCAUCACAUGGCUGCGAUCCAUCACUUGAUUCCUCCAUCUUGCGACCAACCACAAUAUAAUGGGUUUUGGAGAGAACGAGUCGAGCUAGAGCUAUUACCUGUGAUUCGAAACUACAACUACGGGUUGACCGUGUGGUCGCCUCUUGACAACGGCGUCCUAACAGGGAAAUACAGCCAGGGUAUUCCGUCAGAUUCACGAUUCGCUGCCACGACCGUGACAGGUUCUGAUAAGCAGAACAUGGUUAAUUUUGGGAAAGCGUUGGAUACGCCGGAAGGGCGGUCCAAGAUGAAGCGAGUAAGUGAGCUGAAAGACGUGGCUGAUGAGUUGGGAUGCACGACUGCUCAGCUGGCUUUGGCGUGGUGUUUGACGAAUGAGCAUGUUUCGACUGUUAUCACCGGGGCGAGUCGUCCUCAGCAGGUGGCGGAGAAUAUGAAGGCUGUGGAUAUUUUCGUGAAGUUAAGGGAGAGGGGUCGAGGUCCGGGAGAGGAUUGA